AGUACAGAACGACGCUCGAGUACAGAACGAACCUGAGAGCGCGGACUUUUCUGAGGGGGAUAUCCGAGUUGAAUUCGGCCCUCGAGUACAGAACGAUACUGCGGCACGGAUCGACCCUGAGAGCGCGGACUUUUCUGAGGGGGAUAUCCA